UUUUUCCCCUCUGAUCUCUUCUCUCUCCCCAUUCCCACAUUCUUCUUCCCCCCCCCCCCCCCCCCCCCUCUUUCUCUUUCUAAGCCAAGGUAUCGCUUUCUUCUCUGGCUCCCUCACCGUCCAAUGCUCGCUGACGCCGUUACCUCGGGCAGUUGCCCGCUCCCUGCUCUCCUCGUCUGAGCCCCCCAACGGUCCCACCCACGCAGCCCUUCGGGCAGGCGACCGUGACCAGUUCUCCACUCCGCCGCCACCUCCGUCUCCAAGCGAGUUCUAAAGCUCCCUCGGCGAGGAAGCCCUGAGGGUUUCGGAUAUUCGGAGGAGAAAUCUCGCGCUCCCUGGCCGCUCUUCGAUCUCGGUACCACUCCACCUGCGGUUUUGAUGCAGAUUUGUGGGGAGAUUUUUGGCGGAGAAGAGUUUUUAGGGUCGAUCUCUGAAGAAGGAAUCUCUGCGGGAGAGAGGGGUUCGGGUUUCCUUGCUGGGAUCUUUGAUUUCGAGUUGGAAUGAGAUUUUGAGGGAUGGGGUUGUGUCCCGAGGAGGUUAAAUUGGAGGGAUGGGGCAGCGUUGGGAAAGGGAAGGACAAGGGGAGUAAGAAGAAGAAGAAGAAGAGCGAGGCAACUGGAUGUUGGAUUAAGUGCAGAUUGAUGUGGAGUUGCAUCUCGUCGAGAUCCAAAGUGGACACAUCCAUCAGCAGUGCCAGCACUCAUUGCGCAGAAAGUAAAUCCACGAAUGACGGUAGCAGGGACCAACCAACUGCACCAGUAGUCUCUGGCUCCACAACCACCAGUAAUGCUGAAAGCAAUUCAUCUACUUCUAAAGUAGGUGAAGAAUUAAAGGUUGCAUCUCAGUUGCGAAAGUUUACUUUCCAUGAGCUUAAGUCUGCCACAAGGAACUUUAGACCGGAGAGCCUUCUGGGAGAGGGAGGUUUUGGUUGUGUCUUCAAAGGAUGGAUUGAGGAGAAUGGAACUGCUCCUGUAAAACCUGGUACAGGGUUAACCGUUGCCGUCAAAACACUCAACCAUGACGGACUUCAAGGGCAUAAAGAAUGGCUGGCGGAAGUUAAUUAUCUUGGCGAGCUUCAACAUCCAAAUUUAGUAAAGUUGAUUGGUUACUGUAUUGAAGAUGAUCAAAGACUGCUGGUAUAUGAGUUUAUGCCGCGAGGAAGUCUUGAAAACCAUCUUUUCAGAAGGUCCCUGCCUCUCCCCUGGCCCAUACGAAUGAAGAUUGCUCUGGGUGCUGCGAGGGGCCUUGCUUUUCUUCAUGAGGAAGCAGAAAGACCAGUGAUAUAUCGUGACUUUAAAACAUCCAACAUUCUAUUAGAUGCGGACUAUAAUGCAAAGCUUUCAGACUUCGGGCUUGCUAAGGAUGCUCCGGAUGGUGAUAAAACUCAUGUGUCAACACGAGUGAUGGGAACAUAUGGAUAUGCAGCUCCAGAGUAUGUAAUGACAGGACAUCUGACAUCAAAGAGUGAUGUCUACAGUUUUGGGGUUGUGCUACUUGAAAUGAUGACAGGGCGAAGGUCCAUGGACAAAAACCGACCAAAUGGCGAGCACAACCUGGUGGAGUGGGCACGCCCCCAUCUAGGAGAAAGACGACGCUUCUUCAGACUUAUAGAUCCUCGCCUAGAUGGCAACUUCUCAAUCAAAGGUGCCCAGAAAGCUGCCCAGCUGGCACAUGCCUGCCUCAGUCGUGAUCCCAAGUCCAGGCCCUUAAUGAGCGAUGUAGUGGAAGUGCUCAAACCAUUAAUAAACCUCAAAGACAUGGCAAGCUCUUCGUACUUGUUUCAGUCAAUGCAAGCAGAACGUGCUGCAGCAAACAGCAAUAACCAGACUGGAAGAAAUGGUUUGAAACCACAUGCUUCAUUUCCAAGAUAUGGGCACCAGCCUGUAAGAACCCUCUCUAAUGGUUCACAUCCUUCUCCAUACCGCCAGUCGCCAAAGGCCAAUGACAAACAACCAUGAGCACAUAUAUUCCUGUAAGUUAUUCCGAGGAAUUGGAGAUCUUGAAUGGCGAGAAGUGUGCAGGACUGUGGUGAUCUCUGUGUUGUAUGUCUGGUGAUAAGAAGUCUGAGGGCUGCUGGGGAUAAAGGUUGAUGGAGGUGUGGGGGGACUGGAGUCAACCUUUGUUGGUUACAAGUUACCUCAAAAGAAUGACUCUGAAGAUAUUUAUAAUUUGAUGCUUCCAUUGUCUUUUGUCUUGUUAUAGUAAUUGUCAGUUGCUUGAUAUAGUCAAUUGAGUUGAAGGAGGUUUUACAGUGUUAUCAGGUUUGUUCUCGGGGCUUGAAGAGUUUGUGAAUGAUUCAGACUGAAGAAUCAUGGGGAAUGUUCCUAUUUUUCCCUAUUUCUUUUCUUUUUUCUUUUUUAAAGCCUCUCUGUAAUUUUUAUCAAGCUUAAAGUGAUAGAUCAUCGGUUAUACUUUCCUUUCUA